CAGGAGCGCGGAGAGGCGGAGAAGCGCCGGCGGGACGCGAUUCCCCCGCGCCGAGCCGGCCAGUGGCAGUGCGAGCGGCGGCGGCUGGGAGAGACUCCGGGGCGGGGCGGCCGGGCCCUCGUGGCGUUCCUCGUGGGAAGGUGCGGCGGCGGGCGGGCGCUCGCAGGGACGCGGGGCGAACGCGCGCAGCCGGGAGAUGCCGCUGCUCCACCGAAAGCCGUUUGUCAGGCAGAAGCCGCCGGGGGACCUGCGGCCGGACGAGGAAGUUUUCUACUGUAAAGUCACCAACGAGAUCUUCCGCCACUACGACGACUUUUUUGAACGAACCAUUCUGUGCAACAGCCUUGUGUGGAGUUGUGCAGUGACGGGCAGACCUGGACUGACCUAUCAGGAAGCACUUGAAUCAGAAAAAAGAGCAAGACAGAAUCUUCAGAGCUUCCCGGAACCACUAAUUAUUCCAGUUUUAUACUUGACCAACCUUACCCAUCGCUCACGCUUACACGAGAUUUGUGAUGACAUCUUUGCAUAUAUCAAGGACCGAUAUUUUGUUGAAGAAACUGUGGAAGUCAUUAGGAACAAUGGUACAAGGCUGCAGUGUAGAAUCUUGAUCCUCCCUCCCUUACAUCAAAAUGGUUUUGCUAAUGGACACAUGAGUAGUGUUGACGGAGAGACUAUUGUCAUCAGUGACAGCGAUUCAGAAACACAAAGCAGCUCUUUUCAGCAGGGGAAGAAAAAAGAUGCAGUCGAUCUAUUAUUCAGGUACAAGGUGCAGCCCACUAAAAAGGAAAUGUAUGAGUCUGCUAUCGUAAAAGCAACACAAAUCAGUCGGAGAAAACACCUAUUUUCUCGUGAUAAACUAAAGCUUUUUCUGACACACUGUGAACCACAAGAUGGAAUCAUUAAAUUAAGGGCAUCAUCUCUUUCAACAUACAACAUAGCAGAGCAAGAUUUUUCUUAUUUCUUCCCUGAUGAUCCACCUAUUAUCUUCAGUCCUGCUAACAGAAGAAGAGGAAGACCUCCCAAACGAUUAUCUCUUGGGUCAGCAAUAAGAGUUUUCCUUGUCAGGCCACUGUCAUUUCCCAACCCUGGAAGUGUGAGAGCGAGCAAAACUAAUGUGUGCAGCUCUCCAGCGGAAGACCACAUUGUUAGUAAACAGACUAUUACAAGUUAUCGGAGCAAAGCCACUAAAGAAAGAGACAAGCUUUUGAAACAAGAAGAAAUGAAGGCACUUGCUUUUGAAAAGGCUAAACUAAAGCGAGAAAAAGCAGAUGCUUUGGAAGCAAGAAAAAAAGAAAAGGAAGAUAAGGAGAAAAAGAGGGAAGAACUGAAGAAAAUUGUAGAAGAAGAGCGACUAAAGAAAAAAGAAGAAAAGGAGCGACUUAAAAUAGAGAGAGAAAAGGAAAGAGAGAAAUUACGUGAAGAAAAGAGAAAAUAUAUGGAGUACUUAAAGCAGUGGAGCAAACCCAGAGAAGAUAUGGAAUGUGAUGACCUUAAGGAACUUCCGGAACCAACUCCAGUGAAAACUAGACUACCUCCUGAGAUCUUUGGUGAUGCACUGAUGGUGCUGGAGUUCCUUCAUGCAUUUGGGGAACUCUUUGAUCUUCAAGAUGAGUUUCCUGAGGGAGUAUCCUUAGAAGUGUUAGAGGAAGCUCUUGUAGGAAAUGACAGUGAAGGCCCACUGUGUGAAUUGCUUUUUUUCUUCCUGACUGCAAUCUUCCAGGCCAUGGCUGAAGAAGAGGAGGAAGUAGCCAAAGAGCAGAUAACAGAUGCUGACACCAAAGAUUUAUCAGAGGCUUUGGAUGAAGAUGUAGACCCCACAAAAUCUGCACUGUCUGCAGUUGCAUCUUUGGCCGCUGCAUGGCCACAGUUACACCAGGGCUGCAGUUUGAAAAGCUUGGAUCUUGAUAGCUGCACUCUUUCUGAAAUCCUCAGACUACACAUCUUAGCUUCAGGUGCUGAUGUAACAUCAGCAAAUGCAAAGUACCGGUAUCAGAAACGAGGGGGAUUUGAUGCUACAGACGAUGCCUGCAUGGAGCUGCGACUGAGCAAUCCUAGUCUGGUGAAAAAACUGUCCAGCACUUCUGUGUAUGAUUUGACACCAGGAGAAAAAAUGAAGAUACUGCAUGCUCUCUGUGGGAAGCUACUGACCCUAGUUUCUACUAGGGAUUUCAUUGAAGAUUACGUUGAUAUAUUACGGCAGGCCAAGCAGGAAUUCCGAGAGCUCAAGGCAGAACAACACCGCAAAGAGCGAGAAGCCACAGCUGCUCGAAUACGUAGAAGGAAGGAAGAAAAACUUAAGGAACAAGAACAGAAAAUGAAAGAGAAGCAAGAGAAGCUGAAGGAGGAUGAACAGCGGAAUUCAGCUGCAGAUCUAGGGGAAGAAGGAAGGGAAGAUUUUGACACUAGUACGGAGAGCAGAGAAAUAGAUCAGAAAGAUCUGGACCCUGAUGUGGUCACUGAGGAUGAAGAUGACCCAGGAUCGCUGAAAAGGAGCAGAAGAGGGAAAGUGGGUCAAAAUGGUGUUAAGCAAUGUAUAAAGCAGGAAGAGAUGAGCUGCUAUACAAAGCAGGAGCCUCCUACUGCUGACGCAGAAGAAGCUGUGCGGCAAGAGCACCAGCGGAAAGAGAAGGAACUCCUAGACAAGAUCCAGAGUGCCAUCGCCUGUACUAAUAUCUUCCCUUUGGGGCGAGACCGCCUGUACAGGCGGUACUGGAUUUUCCCUUCUAUUCCCGGUUUGUUCAUAGAAGAGGAUUUUUCGGGUCUUACUGAAGACAUGCUGUUGCCUAGACCUUCAUCGUUUCGUCAUAACGCACAGUCUCACGAUCCUCAGGCUUCUGUUAAAGCUGAAGAGUCCUUCAUGUCUGCAUCUACCUCCAGCCUUGACCAAGGUCCCUUCGAUGAUUCUGUGCUGUUGCCAAAACCAGUGCAUAAGCCAAAUCGGUGGUGCUUCUACAGUUCCCGGGAGCAGCUGGACCAGCUUAUUGACGCUCUCAACUCCAGAGGACACAGGGAAAGUGCCUUAAAAGAUACCCUUCUGCAGGAGAAGAGCAGGAUAUGCGCUCAGCUGGCCCACUUUUCUGAAGAGAAAUUUCACUUUUCAGACAAACCUCAAGCUGAUAGCAAGCCUGUUUCUUCUCGGGGACGAUCAUCCAGCGUAUGUGACACAUCACAGAUGUCUGCGGAGAGGCAGCUUGAGCUGAGGCUCAGAGACUUUCUUUUGGACAUUGAAGACAGAAUCUAUCAAGGGACAUUAGGAGCAAUCAAGGUUACAGAUCGGCACGUCUGGAGAUCGGCCUUAGAGAAUGGACGGUAUGAGCUGUUAAGUGAGGAAAGCAAGGAGAACGGAAUGAUUAAAACUGUGAAUGAAGACGUCGAGGAGAUGGAAAUUGAGCAAGCAAGGGUCAUAGUGAGAGACAGGCUUUUGGGGAUUAAAACAGAAACUCCAAGUACCAGCAGUACACCACAGUCAGUGAGCAAUGUGGUUCAUUAUCUGGCUAUGGCCCUCUUUCAGAUAGAACAGGGCAUUGAACGGCGGUUCCUCAAAGCUCCACUUGAUGGCAGUGACAGUGGACGCUCUUAUAAAACUGUCCUGGACCGUUGGAGAGAGUCCCUCCUUUCCUCUGCAAGUCUAUCCCAAGUCUUUCUUCAUUUAUCAACCUUGGAUCGCAGUGUGAUGUGGUCUAAAUCUAUACUGAACGCACGUUGCAAGAUCUGCCGGAAAAAGGGCGAUGCUGAGAACAUGGUCCUCUGUGAUGGCUGUGACCGCGGCCAUCACACCUACUGCGUCCGGCCAAAACUUAAGGUCAUUCCUGAAGGAGAUUGGUUUUGUCCAGAAUGCCGACCAAAGCAGCGCUCCAGGAGACUUUCCUCUAGGCAGAGACCGUCUCUGGAGAGUGACGAAGAGCUGGAAGAGAGCAUGGAAGGUGACGACGAAGCGGAUGAUGACGAAGGUGAGAGUGAGGAGGAAGAGUAUGAGGUGGAGCAAGAUGAAGAGGACUCCGAAGAGGAGGAGGAACUCAGCCCACCUAAACGAGGAAGACCACAAGUCAGAUUGCCAAUUAAAACAAGAGGGAGACUUAGCUCUUCUUUCUCAAGUCGCAGCCAGCGACAAGACCCCGGGCGGUACCCCUCAAGGAGUCAGCAGAGCACACCCAAAACCACUGCUUCUAAGACUGGCAGGAACCUAAGGAAGAUCAGAUCUGCUCCUCCUACAGAAACUCGUUCGCUAAGAACUGCUAGUCGUUCGACUCGCCAGAGUCCUGGUGCACUGCAGGCGGAUGUGUUUGUGGAACUGCUGAGUCCUCGUGGAAAACGCAGAGUACGGAAGAGUGCCGAUAACACCCCAGAACACAGUCCCAGCAUCACCAACUUCAGAGUCGGCACCUCGAGAUCAAGCGGACACUUGAUACCUUUAAAUACCGUCGCAGGGCUUUCUCUCCAAGACAGCGACUCUAAGAGAAGAGGCAGGAAGAGACAGUCUACAGAGUCAUCGCCUAUGCCACUGAAUCGAAGAAGUUCUGGCCGACAAGGAGGCGUUCAUGAGCUGUCUGCCUUUGAACAACUUGUUGUGGAAUUGGUACGGCAUGAUGAUAGCUGGCCCUUUUUGAAACUUGUUUCUAAAAUCCAGGUCCCAGACUACUAUGACAUCAUUAAGAAACCCAUUGCCUUAAAUAUAAUCCGAGAAAAAGUAAAUAAAUGUGAAUAUAAAUUAGCAUCUGAGUUUAUUGAUGAUAUCGAGUUAAUGUUUUCAAACUGCUUUGAGUACAACCCUCGGAACACGAGUGAAGCAAAAGCUGGAACUCGGCUUCAAGCAUUUUUUCACAUUCAAGCUCAAAAGCUUGGACUUCAUGUCUCGCCCAGUGGUGUGGGCCAGGGUAGCACGCCACUAGCUGCGAAAAAGUCACGGGUCUAGAUUGUCCUUCUAAAGGCUGUAUGUGAAGAAAAACGGGAAUCGUUCAUAAAAAUGGAACAUUAAAUCAUGCUCUAAAGCAGAUACGUGUUUAAAGCAAUAACAGCUGGUCAACCACAGCCAGGCGUGGCCUGCACUGUAUUCUCAGUUUUAAUACUAAGCACUCAGGAGAAUGUAGGAAAGAUUUCCUUUGCUACAGUUUUUGUUCAGUAUCUACUAAGUUUAAUAGAUGUAUUAGAUACAGUACUGGUUUACAGAGGUUUUGUACAUUUUGAGAUCAUUCAUGUGUUCAGGUAUCUUGGAAAAUAUUUUUUCAUCUAUGAUUUAUUUUGUCAUUGACCUUUUAGGAGUUACGAUUUUAAAGAGGAUUUAUCUGCACAGAUAAGUCUUCCAAGAGCACAGUGUAGAGAAAGUAUAUGUCUUAAGACUUGUUUAAUGAGCACAUUGUUUCAACACUACACAUGAAUGAAUCCAAUUUUCUAUCCCUGACUUGCUGUAGCCAGUGCUGACUGAAUUUAUUAACUAGAUAUUUAUUUAGCAUUCAAAGUCAUUUGUGAAUUUGUUUUGUAUUUAUAAAAUUUAUACUUGGAAAAUGUUCUUUAAUUUUUUAAAACAUUUUACUAUGUUUUUGUUUUAUCUCUCAAACAUUUUUAAUGAUUUAAAAAUAAAAAUGUCCCCCUCUCUCCUCCCUAGCAGUUCCCCAGUUUUACAGAUGAUAAGUUUCUGUGUACAACUUUUCUAAGUGUACAAAUAAAAUGAUACAUUUUUUCACA